GUGCAGGGUUCAGUGGAGUCUCAACCCCUCUGUCAUGUCAGCGUGCACAUUGCUGCUGGUGUCUCAGGCAGGCUGUGGGCUCAACGAAUCCCUUCAGUUUUGUGAGCCCCCUCUGCAAACACAGAUCUCUGGCUGUUCUUGCAGGCUCUCUAGAGAAAGCAAACCUAUGGGAGAAUGUUUGGAGUGUUUCCCUUCUUCUGACCUUUGCCAGUGUUUUGGAGAACGGAUGUCUUUUGUCGAAAGCAACAUUACUAAAUACUUGGAAUCCUCUUCCUUUUUUAAAAGCGAGCACACCGAAGUAAACAUGCCCGCUGAACUGUGCUUUGGCCAUUCGGAGGUCUCUGGACAAGGAGAUCCUAAAAAGGAAAACCAGUCUUUGGAAUGUGCUGGAGAAUUGAGCACAGAGCAAGAAACAUCUAUUGGCCAAAACUCCAUCGAAUUGAAUGAAGCUGAUGGACUUUGCAUUGAAAAUGCUCAAAUCAAUGGUGAAUUUUCAGAUCAGUCUGGUUCGUCUGGAUACAGCUCUUUGUUGGACAGCUGCUCUGAGCACAGUGAGUGUUUUGAAACAAGCAGUUCUUCAGUUGACUUGGUUGAAAUAUGCCAAAAUGAUGAACUUUGUAUUGCAUUUGUGCCAAGUGAUCAAAGUGAGAUUUCUGAACAUGAUGCAGAACAGUUAACUUUGUCUGAGAUGAGCCUAGAAGAUUGUGAGUCUUUUCAACAAGAUGAAGGACAGAUCAUUUUAACCGAGAUGAGAUUAGAUGAUUGUGAUGCUUUUGAACAAGAUGAUGCAGAACAGUUAAACUUAUCUGAGAUGAGCCAAGAUCUUUGUGAGGCUUUUCAACAAGAUGAUGCAGAAGAAAUCAUUUCGCCCGAGAUGAGUCUAGAUGAUUAUGAGUCGUUUCCGCAAGAUGAUGCAGAACAGUUAACUGAGGAAGAUCUUUGUGAUUCUUUUCCUCAAGUUGGUGUUGAGUCCUCACAAUUUUAUCUCUUAGAUUAUGAAAUGCUUUCUGGGUGUGGUGCAGAAUAUCUGGAACAGUACAGCAAGUGUGAAAACAACAGUUCUGAAGACAGCUUAUCUGAACAAAACGAUGUAGUUGAACUAGAUUCUGAAGACUGUGAGACAUCUAAACAGUCCCAGCCUAACAAUCAAAACAAGCUUGAUGAAUACCAUGCCACACAUUUUGAAUCCCCUGAACUGUGUCAGGACUCUAAAGAAAGUAAGCCAUCUGACCACUGUGCGUCCCUUGAGCAAACACAGCUUACUGGGCAAAUGGACACCUCUGAUGACAGAGUUCUGCUAAACAGUCUAGAUGAUUGCAAUUGUUUGUCGGAGAGCUUUGAUUGUAUCCGGACCUUUAACUCUUCGACUGAAGGAUAUCAAGACUGUAACCAACUCUUUGAGCACAGCGAAGCCUCUGUAUCUUUUAAGGCUUUAGAACAAUGCACAAGCUGUGGAAUGUACUUCGAAAAAUGUGACGUCCUUGAACAAUGCACUCCCUCUGUGCCCACUGACCAUUCUGAGGGCCCACAUCAAAGCAGACUUGCAGAAAAUUGCCCGAAGUUGUCAGGAACACACGACUCCGUCUUUCACAAGCCUGAAGCAAAAAACAAAGAAAAUUUGCCUAACCAUAGCAGCAGAACUGAGGGUAGGAAACCAUCUGAGUGUGAUGCCAUGUUUUCUGGAUCAAUGGAAAUUUUUGAGGCUCGCUGGCUUUCUCAAUUUCUCACUGAUCUUUUGAGGCAUAAUAAAGAGACUUCAAGUCUUGCUGCUGAAAUUAGUGAGUCAAAUGGAGAGGUAGAAAAUGCUGAAGUUGUAGAUUCUAAACCUGAAGUUCAAGCUUUGGGUAUCUCUAGGAAGCUCUGUAGAAAGUGUGAAGAGCUGGAGAAAGGGAAAUGUUGUAAUGAUGAAACUCUUCAACCUUUUCAAGCUGAUGAUGAUGAUGAGGAGGAGGAGGAGGAGGAGGAGGAGGAGGAGGGAACUUUUGAACUCCACUCAAAUGUGGACAUCCUGGAUGCAGUGACCACGGGAGCAGGUUCUUCAGAUGAAUCAAGCGAGGAGGAGUACGGUGACUGCAUGGAUGCUAAAAGUCAAAGUAGCUCUGAUGAAUCAUUCAAAAGUUUUGUCGAUGAGUCUGAAUCGUUUGAAAUCUUCUCAGACCAACCAUGUGAUAAGCAAAACCUUUUUGCAGAGGAUGAUGAGUCCUCAAUUCAAAUGCAACAGCCAGAUGAGUGUCAUGAAGAAGGUAAUCAGAACUUUGACAUGUAUACACAGGGAAAUGAUGCUUGUGAAGAAGCAUGCGAGAUUGAUUCUGAGCGACAAGUGACAGGAAAGCAAAGCAGUAAAACAUAUGCUGAAGCUGUAGCUGUUGGACUCACUGUUGAACCAGUUCAAAUCCAAGAAUGUGCCAAACCAGAUGAGGUCUGUGAAACUGAAGCUUAUGGGCCUGAUUUUAUUGAGGAGAGUCUUGCAUUGUAUUCUGAGGCCAAGGGCAGUGAUCUUUGCGUCAAAAAUGGAGAGGUCGUUGAACCCCAUGUUGAUAUGCAUGUACAGUUGUCCUGUGUUGGAGCCGUUGAAGGUUAUGGACUGGAAGAAGUGGUUGAAAAUGCUUCCAGUAAUAUAUCUGGAGAUUCCACAGGGUCCUGUGAUGUAAAGGACACAUUUCAAGAAGCUGAUACUUCAGAAUCAUCUGAAGAAGAAUUGUUGGAAAAUGAGGUCUGUCAGAAUUUACCUGAAUUUCACAGGUCUGAGAACAAGGAAAUCAUACAAGAUCUCAGUUCUGUGGUUGAAACUGAUGAAAAUGAGGAGACACACCCUAACUUUUAUGAAAAUGAGGGGGCUCAUGGACCUUGUUGCGGAGAGAUUGAAACUACUGAAGAUGAAGAAACAACCCUUUUGGAUUUUGAAGAUCUUGUGAGAUGUUCUGAGGAAAGUGAUAAAGGUAAAGAGACACCAACUGCUGCUCAACUGCUCUCUUGUGCCUUUGAGGAACAGUCAAACACAGAGAUUGGCUCUCUUUGUGUAUCAGAUGGUCAGCAAGAAACCCAUACUGAGUCAAAAGACACCUCUGGGCUUCUUCAUCCUUCUGAAACAGAUGGUCUGCCCGAGGAGAAAGAGCAAAAUGAAAAAUUAGAGGAACUUAUACAUCAAAUUGCUAGAAGUGAGGCAUCUGAACAGGACACGUUUUUUAAGUCUGACCAAAACAAGACAAGUGAGCAGAGUGAUUCUUAUGAGGAUAGAGAUGUAUCUGAAGAUGAAGAAUACUCAGAGGACUGCGAUUGUGAAAUAUGUGUUCCGCCCAUAGAUCAGGUCCCAGCCAAGCCACUUCUUCCACAGAUAAAGUCUAAAGAUGUAGGGAAGAUCUGUGUAGUCAUUGAUCUGGAUGAAACACUAGUCCACAGUUCAUUCAAGCCGGUAAACAAUGCUGACUUCAUCAUUCCAGUGGAAAUUGAUGGGACAGUACAUCAGGUGUAUGUGUUGAAGAGACCUCAUGUUGACGAGUUCCUCAAACGGAUGGGGGAACUGUUUGAGUGUGUGUUAUUCACUGCAAGCUUAGCCAAGUAUGCCGAUCCCGUCUCGGAUCUGCUGGACAAGUGGGGAGCUUUCCGAAGCCGUCUUUUCCGGGAAUCUUGUGUGUUCCACCGUGGAAAUUAUGUCAAGGACCUAAGCCGUCUAGGCAGGGAUCUCAACAAAGUCAUCAUUGUGGACAACUCGCCAGCCUCCUACAUCUUCCACCCAGACAAUGCUGUACCUGUAGCCUCCUGGUUUGAUGACAUGUCUGACACAGAGCUGCUGGAUCUCAUCCCUUUCUUCGAAAGACUGAGUAAAGUGGAUAAUGUCUACACUGUGCUCAAGCAGCAGAGGACUACUAGCUAGCGAGACACUAAGGGCAGCUGUCACUAUGGGGCCAGGGAGGCUGCUGGGCUCGGAGCACCACACUGCUUCCCCCUAACAGGACCAGCCACUAGCUCAGUCCUCAUCACCUACCCAGAAUUCCAUUCACAUGAUGUUUGAUAGAGAAAAGAAGGCGAAUGACAGAACUGUGAAGGACUGCUUUAUCUAUUACAAGCAUAAAAUAACAAGCUGAUUGUUUUAACACUCGAAUGGGUGAAUCUCAGGAAAGCUGACAAGACCAUAUUUAACCCUGAAGUCAAAUAAUAGAAAUAAGAAAUUAUAUUUUGCUUAAGAAAAAUGAUUUUGCAUUUGUGAGAAUAUUUUGACAACUAAGCACAUUCCCCCCAAUUUCCGCCAUGAUGCAAAAAAUGCAAACUUAUAUUUACUGUAAUGUGUAAACAAAUAUGAUAAUAUAUUUAAAUUAUAUUGUAUUUAUACGUUAUGGUUAUAUUUGUUGUACUGCCUUUAAUGCUUAUUGCUAAAAAGUACUGUAUUACAGUUAUGAAAAUCUAAUGAAAAUCACUAGUGUGAAUAAUAAUAAUAAUAAUAAUAAUAAAAAAAAAAAAAAAAGAAAAGAAAAACACAAAAACAGUGUCCAGAUGCAUUAUGGUAAUGAUGAGGGAAAAACAUUUUAAUUGUCAUAAAUAAUUUCACAAUGCAAAAAAUAUCUGAAUUGUCAUAAAAUAUGCUAUUCUGAAUGCAAAUAUUAUUUUGUAUUUAUUUUUCAUUUGAAUUCAGGGGUAAAUGUGGCCUAGGCUUGUUUUUCGGUGAGAUUCACAAAAAGACGUGUCUUUCCUUCUUUGCAACUCUUUCAUUUUCAUGGUUGAGGGAAGCCCUGUUAAAAUGAAACAAGUUGAUUGUCCUCUUCGGUGGGUGAUUUGAGAAGAUUUGUGUUUUAAGAAAAUGACUUCCUCUUCUUGGGUUUAUAUCUUGAGUUAAGCUUCCCUCAUUCCCUUUGUUAAAUGAGUUUACCUCAAGAUCUUAAGUGAGGACAAAACCAUAAAUGGCAAUCACAUGAAUAAUAUGCUGUCUUUUUUUUUAUCUAGACAAGUUUAUUAGACUCUGAAACAAGCAUUCAUUAUCCCUUUAUUUUUUUUUUUUUUUUAAAAAUCAUGUUUUCUUCUCCAUUUUAAUUUCUAAAUCAGAAAUGAAAGAGUCAUGAUGCAAUCAGCAGCACUUGAAAUUCAAGUUUCACAAAGCAACAGAUGUGAGAAAGGGAAAUCGGCCCAGCACCUACUGUGUCACACGGUCCGUUUUCACUCCGAAGGUUAAGCUAAUGCACCUUUUGAAUCGUAUAAAGUAUGCUUUAUUGUGUCUAAUGCGAGGUCCUUCAAAGUGGCCUUAAAAUUACUGUAGCAAAUUUUUGUCAGACAAUAUCAAAAUGGUCUUAUUUACAAAAUCAGUUUGUCUGAGACUGUAUAGUUUUAAAUUCAUAACAGUAUGCCAUUUGUGUGUUUAUAUUAAUCAAAACAAGUAAAGAAUACUGGAAUCAAACCUUGAUUUGUCAGUGGAAACAGAUGUUUGACUUGUAAUGCCUUAACUCUCCAUUAGAUCACUAAAGCUGUUAGGUGGUUUAUUGAGAAAGUGAUGUGGGCAUUGGCGUAAGCAUGCUGUAACGUGGACUGAAGAGCCCCUGUUAACGUGCAGUUGACGUGCCUUCUUGUUAGUUGUGCCAUUUAAUAUGGAUGGUUUUCCUCAUGGGGAUCGUAUACUUGCUCAGCACUAUUUGAGUUGAUUGUUCUGCAAGUGCCAAUGUUGAUGUUCAUGUGUACGAGAGAGAGUGGAAAGAUGAUGUUCUGGUUUUUAAUACUGGUGUUUUGUCAAUUUUUCAGUGUUUGACUUUUUAAAUAGUUUUGGGGAUGGCGAAACAAUUGCCAUCUUUCUAUAUUUGUGAUAUUAAUGAAAAUAGUGCUGUGCCAUGGAGAAAAAAAAAAAAAAAGAUUUUGUUAUUCAUAAAAGUUUAAAGAGCA